AUGGACGGUCCAGAUCGUUCCGGAAUUUCCCGCUAGGGUUCUAGCGGGAUGGAGGGCGUGGGCUUGCAGCGGGCGAGGGAGGCCCUGGAUCUCGCGCACCACAUCGCAAAUCUUCUCAACACAGGUCUGGAUCGCAAGACGCUCUCGAUUUGCAUCGCGCUCUGCGAGCACGGCGUGAAUCCGGAAGCGCUCGCGGCUGUUGUGAAGGAGCUCCGCCGCGAAUCGGCCGCUGUCCAAGGCGGCGCUACUGCCACUGCCACUGCUGCUCUUGCGAAUGGCCCGGCCUCGCGAGCUUGAAAGAAAUGUGGAGGAUUUCCUGGAUCUUAGGAGAAAUUCUUGAAGGGAAGAAGAAAGCGGUCUUGUUUUUGAGAA